GGAGGGGAGCCGCAGCCCCCACCGCAGAGGCGAGCGGGCGGGGCAGAGGCGGGCUGGAGGGGCGGCCCCUUGCGCCCCGGGCGGGACUACCAGCAGCCAGACUGGCGACAGUCUCCCGGCUCACAGCAUCUCGGCUGUAGUUCCUAACCGGACCCCGCAGGUGCACGGACAAGGGCAGCCUGGAGCCCAGGGGAGGCAUCACCCACUCUUGUCUGGUCGCGACGCCCACAACUCCGCCAAGAAGUGACGGUGAGGCUUGGGCUGCCCAAAGGGAGGGGGUGAUCCCAAGACCCACCCUGUAGCAUCCCCCGUGGCUACCUCAGCAGCCAUCUAGUCUCAGGCCAGCCUGGGCAGGGAGAGGCGCUCUAGACAGAUCCCAUGGACCCCCGCUGCCGCGACACCUCUGCACAUCCGACCUCCCCAGACGCGUUUUCCCGUCCCUUUCUUGUUCUUCCUACUGCAACCUUCCAAGCCAGUCCGCAGCCUCUCUCAGUACUCCAGUCUCGAAAGGCAAGGAGAGAUAAAGACUGCAGCCCUCUGGGCUCCUUGUCUCACCCGGGCCCUGGGGACCCUUGGGAGCUAGGGGCGCCUGGGACGAUGCUGGCCCUUUAAACCUUGGCUCUCCAGAGUAUCUUCCAUCUCUCCAUACGCGCCACUUCCGACAGCUGGCAGCCGUGGGGAACCCAGCGGAAGGGGGCAGGUACGGGGGUGGUGGCGAGGCCCCGAGAAGGUGCAGGAACAUCUGUGGACACCCCCGACACACACCCGCAGGGGGACUGGAGGGCGCCUGGACUGGAGGGUUAACCAUUAACCCUCCACUUCUCCGCUGCUCAGAGCUGCCCUGCGCUCCAGCUACCCAGGGUGGGCACCAUGCCCGGCCUGUACUGCCCCUCCAGCUGGACGCCGCUGCCGCUCACCGACUCCUGUGUCCGGGCCUAUGCCAAGGGACCCUGUCUCAGCCUGCGGGCCCGGCUCACCUACCACAACCCGCAGCCCCAGCCGGUGGACGGCGUGUUCGUGUACCCGCUGGCCGAGGCGGAGGUGGUAUCUGGCUUCGAGGCCGAGGCAGCCGGACGGCGCGUCUCCUUCCAGCUGCAGAGCCGGCGCCGCUCCCAGGCCCCCUGCUGCCGCGCUCUGGGCCCCGGACUGGGGACCUCUACACCCCGCCGCUGUGCACAGGGUCAUCUUGUCUUGGAUCUGGCCCAAGCCCGGUCCACGCUGGUGUUGCCCACUGGCCUCGUUGCUGCGGCUGGUACCAUGACAGUGACCCUGUGCAGCAGCCGGGAGUUGCCCUCCAGGCCUGAUGGGGUGAUGCAUGUGGCCCUGCCCACUGUGUUCACCCCACUGGCCCAGCCAGGCCUGCCGGGGUCCCCCAGGUCUCCGGGGCUCUGUGACGACAGCCCUACCAGCUGCUUCGGGGUAGGCAGCCCUGAGGAGGAAGGGCCGGCCUGGGAGCAGCCAACUGCCCCUCCGGACGUGUUCUCGGGCCCUGCCCACUGUCCAGCUCCGUACACCUUCUCCUUCGAGAUGCUGGUGACCGGGCCGUGUCUGUUGGCAGGCCUGGAGAGCCCCUCUCAUGCCCUGCGUGCAGAUGCCCUCCCUCAUGCCAGCUCUGCAGCCACUAUCUGCGUCACGCUGGCAGAGGGCCAUCGGUGUGACCGGGCCUUGGAGAUCCUCCUGUACCCCAGUGAGCCGCAUCAGCCACACUUGAUGCUGGAGGCUGGUAGCUUGAGCGCAGCAGAGUAUGAGGCCCAAGUGAGGGCCCGUCCCGACUUUCAGAGGUUGCAGCGAAGGGACAGUGAUGGAGAACGGCAGGUGUGGUUCCUGCAGCGGCGUUUCCAUAAGGACAUCUUGCUGAACCCUGUGCUGGUGCUGAGCUUCUGCCCAGACCUGAGCUCCACACCUGGACACCUGAGUGCGGCCACUCGGGAGCUCCUCUUCCUGUUGGACGGCAGCAGCGCAGCACACAAGGAUGCCAUUGUUUUGGCUGUAAAAUCCCUCCCAGCCCAGACGCUUGUCAACCUAGCCACGUUUGGGACAUUGGUACAGCCACUCUUCCCAGAGAGCCGGCCUUGCAGUGAUGACACUGUGCAGCUGAUCUGUGAGAGCGUUGAGACUCUGCAGGCUGUGAGUGGGCCCCCUGAUGUGCUGGCUGUAUUGGAUUGGGCCUUGGGGCAACCCCAGCACAGGGCCCAUCCUCGGCAGCUGUUCCUGAUCACUGCCGCCUCCCCAAUGGCUGCCACUUCUCACCAAGCCCUGGAGUUCAUGAGGUGGCACAGAGGGGCAGCCAGGUGCUUCUCCUUUGCAUUGGCACCUGCCUGCCACCAGCUGCUCCAUGGCUUGUCUGUCCUCAGCAGGGGGCAGGCCUACUUCCUGAGGCCUGGGGAGAGACUGCAGCCUAAGCUGGUGCAGGCUCUGCGGAAGGCGCUGGAACCUGCUUUGAGUGACAUCUCUGUGGACUGGUUUGUGCCGGAUGCUGUGGAGGCACUGCUGACGCCCCGGGAGAUCCCGGCCCUCUACCCUGGGGACCAGCUGCUUGGCUACUGCUCACUUUUCAGGGUGGAUGGCUUCCGGUCCCGCGCUCUGGGGGGCCAAGAGCCUGGUUGGCAGAGCUUGGGCGGUUCCGUGUUCCCAUCUCCAGAGGAGGCAGUCUCUGUCACCAGCCCUGGCACUGAGCCCACACACACCACAGAGCCACCGGGAACAAGCACUGUGUCGGCAGAGCUGUCGAGCCUGUGGGCUGCAGGAGACUCAGAGCAGACAGGCAUGGAAGCUCUGACUGACCCAGUCACGGACCCUGGACCCAAUCCCUCAUCUGACACAGCUAUAUGGCGUCGAAUCUUCCAGUCCUCAUACAUCCGGGAGCAGUAUGUGCUUACCCACUGCUCUGCCAGCCCUGAGCCGGGCCCAGGCUCCACCUGCAGCAGCGAGUCCCCAGGAUCUCAGGGCCCUGGCUCCCCCAAUGGUAGUCUUCCCCUGGAUCCCCCUUCUCAGCAGGGCUGCCGAAGCCUGGCCUGGGUAGAACCUGCGGGCUCCCGCUCUUGCCCCCUGCCUGUACCCCCACCAGCUCCAUUCAAGGUGGGAGCCUUGAGCGCUGAGGUGCUGGGCCGUCGGCACAGAGCAGCUCUGGCUGGGCGAAGUCUCUCAUCUCCCUCAGGCCGGGCAAACCCAGUCCCUGGUAGACCCCGGCACCCCUCUCUAGAUGCAAUAGCAGACGGAACAGGCCCUGAGCCAAGACAAGAGCUGGGUCAGGGCCUGGAUGAUUCAGGAAACCUGCUCUCCCCAGCUCCCCUGGACUGGGACACGCUGAUGGAGCCAUCUUUCUUAUUCAAGGCUGUGCCACCCAAUGCGGACUCAGCCCUUCCAGCAGAGCCUCUGCCUCCCCAGGCUCCACGUUGUCACGUGGUGAUCCGGGCCCUGUGCGGGGACCAGCCAGUGUGCUGGGAGGUGGGUGUAGGGCUGGAGGAGCUCUGGGACCCUGGGGAUGGCUCACAGCCCGCAUCACUCCCCGUAAGAGAAGCUGCGUGGGACCAGGCACUCCAUCGGCUGACCGCAGCCUCUGUGGUCCGGGACAAUGAACAGCUGGCUCUCCGUGGAAGAGCCGAAACCACAGCCGAGCACGGCCGAGUCAGACGGUCCUGGGUCCGAGCCGUUCAGACGAGCAAGGCCAGCUCUGCCCCAUCCCACUUCACCUGCCCUGUUGCUGUAGAUGCUUCCACUAGGGAGGUCUUGCCUGGAGCCCUGCAGGUGUGGAGUUCAGAUCCAGCUGAGCUCUCGGGCACCUCUGCCUCUCAAGAACCUCCAGCCGCAGCCCCGCUGCCCACCGCAGUCCACUCUAAAGGUGCCCGGGACCCGGACCUAAAUGCUAACUCCAAACCGGCACUGGGGGAGCCCAUAUCUCCUACUGGAGGUCAUCGUGGCUUGCCCCGCCAGCCUUCCGCCUCCUCCAGGCUCGGCCUGGGUCGUCAUCGCAGACUCUGCAGCUCCAAUGAGGGCCAGAUUAGUGAGAGCACCAGCGACAGCAGCAACCACGACUACCUGCCUUUGGUGCGACUGCAAGAGGCGCGGGGCUCCUUCCGCCUGGACGAGCCCUUCUGUGCCGCUGUGUGCAUCCCUCAAGAGCGCCUGUGCCGGGCCUCACCCUUUGCUGCCCACCGUGCCAGCCUCAGCCCCGCCUCGGCCUCAUCUCCCUGGGCACUGCUGGGCCCUGGUAUUGGCCAGGGUGACAGCGCCACGGCCUCCUGCAGCCAGUCCCCCAGCUCGGGCUCUGAGGGCCCAGGCCAAGCAGACAGUGGACGGGGCUCAGAUACUGAGGUCUCAGAAGGAAUGGGAAGGCAGGGCAGCUCUGACCUGCGGGGGCGCAGCUGGGCCACAGCGGUGGCCCUGGCAUGGCUGGAGCACCGCUGCGCCGCGGCCUUUGGCGAGUGGGAACUGACAGCAUCCAAAGCGGAUUGCUGGCUGAGGGCCCAACACCUGCCUGAUGGCCUCGACCUGACUGCUCUCAAAGCUGCUGCCCGGGGGCUCUUUUUGUUACUGCGACACUGGGACCAAAAUCUGCAGCUCCACUUGCUGUGUUACAGCCCUGCCAAUGUGUGAGGCUGUCUGCAGCUCUGGCUAGCGGCCCCCUAACAUGAAGUCACUGCCACCCAGGGCCAGUCUCUCGGUGCUGGGAAAGAGUAAGUUGGUGUCUGCUGUCCUCCACCGCUUCGUUCCCUCCCCCCAAACACCCUGGCCACCACAGAAAGUGCCUGCCUGUGCUCUCUCCUCCCACACCACACCCCUCCCACGUGCUCUGAGCUCUCCAUAGGACAAUGGAAGAGGAGAGAGCCACAGCCCCAGAUCCUAUGCAAUAAAGUGCCUCUAAGACUGCC